ACAACUAUCAUUAGGUGAUUAUCAACGAAAUCGACUUGAUCAACAAGUUCUUAAGAUAUUAUUCGUUCAAGUUGUAUGUUAUAUUAUAUUUACAAUUCCUCAAUUAUGUAAUUUAGUAUUUAAUACAAUCUCAAUAACAAUUCCUAACCGAUCAAAUGAACAUUUAAUUAUUGAAAUAUUUAUUGCAUUUUUAGCAGAAUUAAUGCUUUAUUUGUUUCCAGUUACAUCAUUUUAUUUAUAUACACUUACAUCUCGUAGAUUUCGUAAAGAAUUAAUUGAUUUUUUUUGUUUAUUAUUGGUGUCUUGUGGAGGGAAUCGAAUCGUACCAAUAGCAGGUACUUCGAUUUCUCGACAUCGUAUGGGAAAUAAUGGAACAACUAUAAAUGCAUCUAUAGAACUAACGAAUCAAUAA